AUGGUCAAUUCGGAUAGUUUAAUCCCACUCGAUGAAAAGCUCCUUAUCCUGGGAAAGCAGCUCCUUCGGAGAUCCGACUACCUCGAAAUCAACACUGAGAGGUACAGAACUUUUACUCGCGACCUCGCAUCCUUGCAAGCCGGAUAUGACAAACAGGGUAAUAAAAAUGAGCCCAACGCUAUGAAUGAUUGGUUGCAGGAUAUGAAGGGACAUGCCCAGAAAUUGAAAAUGAGCUUAGAACAGGAUGAGGCCGAAGUCAAUGCAUUGGAGGAUCAGUAUCAACGAGGAUUUCCAUGA